AUCAAAAGUUCCAGAAUUUUUCUCAAAGACUGAAAAAUAGUGAAGCUCUCCAGAUCCUUGUAAGCAGCGUCCUCUUCCUGCAGGCUCUUCCUGCCGCUGAGGACACCAGGGCUCCAUGUGGCACUGAAGUGUUUGUCACUGCCCAUUAAAUCAGAAGAUAAGCACACCGAGUUGUUCUCUUAGACUGAUUCUAUCUUUGCAGACUAGGGGUGAAAACACUGCGCUGCACUGCACAUCCUCUCCAGCCCGCAGGGUCCUGUGCUCCAGUGCUAAUCUUGUUUGAGGUGCAACAGGGAUUUGCUCUCUGAGAGUGCCGAAUUACCGCUUUGCACUUUGUGAAAACUAAGCUCAAUGACAAGUUUCCCAUUAGGGUGACUACGAAGAGAGAUCCAAAGCUACUCAGAAAUAGUGUAGGCCUUUAAUAUAAUAGGACAAAGAAGCCACAAUUUUAUGUUACAAUAUCAUAAAAUAGUGCAUGUUAAUGGACACUUAUUAAAAAGUAUGUUUUUGUGAAAUAUGCAAAGAUAGACAACGGACAGCUACAUUGGAUAACCAUCUCCUUAAGACUUUCAUAUUUGUCUGUCUACUAUGACCUUUUGUUUCUCUGUUGUCUUUUAUCUCCUGAUUGCUGCCUAUUAGCACUCAUUUUGCUAUGAAAAAAAUGAGGAAAUGUCAGAAUAUUUGAAAAGUUUCUUUUAAAUUUCAUGAAAAUUAUGUUCUUCUCAAAAAAUUCUGAACAAAUGUGGUAGUACCCUAGAUUUCUAUAUGUUUAUAUGCUGAAAUGCAUGGCCUGAAAAAAACUCAACCCAAAAUGAGUUGAAACGCUUCAAAAGAAUACAUUUUUUCUAGCUUUCAGCUGUUUACAUUAGGAUUUAAGAAUCAAGAUAGACUUUCAAAUUUUUUUCUCCAUAACACAAUGUGUUGUUUUGCUUUGAUUAUUCCCAUUGCACAAAUAGAACAAACAAAUCCAGCUAGACUUUAUUCCUAAAAGUGUGGUAAAGAAACAUUUACAAUACUCUGAGCAGAUGUACACAUUUUGGAAUAUAUGUAUAUUCUCAUGUCCUAAUUUUAAAUCAGUAGAAUUAGUCCAUGGAUUAUUUUGAAAGCUUAAAUUUUAUUUAAAUUGUGUUAAUAGCCUGUAGCUAUGUGUUUCUAUGAUUUCCACAGAGUUGACUUGGGAAUUACAUAAAUUCAAAAUGGAAACAUUUCCUUCACACGUGAGACAAUUUGAGGCAGCACAUUGCAAUAGGACACUGGACUGUGCUUUGCUGCCCUCAAGCUGAUGGAUAUUUAGCUAUAUAAUAGUCUGCUGUUUUGCAUAGCUCAAAAAAAACAUUAUCUGUAGAAUGGAUUUAAAAUAUUCUACAUGUAUUUGAAAGCUGGAAGGCACUGUUUAUGAAAUGCUAAAUGAAUCUUACAAAUUAUAAACUAUCUUCUGCAUCUACUGAUUUGUCUUCCUCUGCUCUCUUUUUUUUCAUGAAUUAUUUUAUCAAGUGGGUUUUGUCUUUCCAUUAAGUUAAAUAAAAAUAACUGUAGCACCAGACAUUAUCUUUCAGAAACUAUUUGUUUCUGACACGGUUUUGAAAAAUUAAACGGAAAGAAUUGUUAAGUGCUUAAGUACAAUGUUGUGGGUUUACUUUAACACAGUUCUGUACUAAAGUGAAAGGCUGCUAACGUUUCUGGACUUCACUAUUUCAAAAUACAACACUAUAUUCUUUGGGCAGCUGUGGGAAUGGGCAUAGGAUUCCAGCAGUACCUCCCAUGUGUCCAGCAGAAAUGGGGUGGAGUGAUGGACACCUGUCCUCACAGGCUUGGCCAAAUCUUUAGAGUAUCUCUGAACAGUCGGUGUAUGUGUUUUAAAACCAGCCUCCCGCAGUGCCCUGCUUCGCCCGAGGGCCGUACCUGCUCCCUUGGAGCAUUCCUAACUUACAAAAUUAUUUGUCGUACACUGGACUUCUCUUCAAUAAAAAAUUAUAAGCAGUUCAGCAUGGAAAAAAAUGCCACAUGUAGUUCUGCAGAGAAAGCAUUACAAUUUACAAAGCUUUAUACUUUUUGUUUUAAGGAGCAACAGCGAACAUGCUUGUUACAAAACGAGGGCUCUAGAAGCCCCUCUAGGUGUUGUUCAGUGCCAGGCGCCCUUGUGGGCAGCAGAGCAGGCGGGUGAGACCUUGCCCGGAGCCCACUGCUGCCGUCAGAAGCUGCUGGAGCGAGCGUGGCCCUGGAACGGGGCUGUUCACCCUCAGCCCGAACACAGAGCAGCUGCCAGGUGUCGGAGCUGUCCAAGCGCUUCUUGAACUUUGACCGGCUCGGUGCUGUGACCACUUCCCUGGGGAGGCCUGGGGGACCUGCUCCAGUGCCCAACCACUCUCCGGAGGAAAACGUUUUCCUAGUAUCUAACCUAAACCGACUCAGCUUCAUGCCAUUCCUUCAGGUCCUGUCACCGAUCACCACAAAGAGAUGGCUGCGUGCCCCUCUGCUUCCCCUCGCGAGGAAGUUGUAGACUGUGUUGAGAUCUCCCCUCAGUCUCCUCCAGGCUGAACAGACCAAAUGAGCUCAGCCGCUCCUCGUACGGUUGCUUGGGUUCGAGCGUGGCGGGAGAAAGGGAGGGACGCAGGGCGCGCCUGAAGGGCCGCUUGCGGGCGCGGGCGGCCGCGCAGUUCAGCCGUUACCGCCGCCCCCGCUUUGAACUUCCCGCCCGCCGCCCGCGCUGCCCGUUCGCCGCCGCAGUUUCCAGGCUCAGCGGGCGGCAAAAGCGCCGGGUGGCCGCGGCCUCUCUGCGUCCCCUCUCGGGGCGGUGCUGAGGGUGGCCACCGGCGCGGUCCGCUCCGUUCCCUUGGGUCCGCCCUAGGCUGGCGCCUCCGGCGGCGGCGAAUCUGCCGGGCUGGUCCCGCCGCUAGCGCGGUUUGGGCGGUUGUCAGGGAGAAGCAAGAUGGCGGCCGCGGCGGCGGAGGAGGACACGGAGCUGCGGGACCUGCUGGUGCAGACGCUGGAGAGCAGCGGGGUGCUCAAUAAGAUUAAGGCAGAGUUACGAGCAGCUGUGUUUUUGGCAUUAGAAGAACAAGAGAAAGUAGAGAACAAAGCACCUCUGGUAAAUGAAAGCUUGAAAAGUUUUUUAGGUACAAAGGAUGGUCGCUUGGUAGCAGGUCUUGUUGCAGAAUUUCUACGGUUUUUCAAUCUUGAUUUUACUUUAGCUGUUUUUCAGCCUGAAUCAAGCACACUAAAUGGCCUUGAUGGUCGAGAAAACUUAGCUCGAGAUUUGGGAAUUACAGAAGCAGAAGGUACUGUGGGUGGCCCCCUGUUGUUGGAGGUUGUUAGGAAGUGUCAGCAGAAAAAGACUUCAGGUGGUGGAGAAGUGGCUCCAGUUCUAAGUGACAGCCAGUGCCCCACAUCAAAAUCAUCUGAUGGACGGUCAAGUGCACAUUCUAUACCAAAUAAGGCUGCUGAAAACACUCAGAGUGAUACAAGUGUCUCAUCAGGGGAAGCAAGCAAAAGAAGUAUUCAUUUUCUGCCUAAUGAAACAAAACUAGAUCCUCAACUAGAAAACAAAGACUUGAAUACCAAAGAAAAAAGUGAUCCAGUUGUGGAUGAAGAUGAUGUAGAGGGAGAUUCUUUCUUUGAUGAUCCUGUACCCAAACCAGAAAGAACUUAUAGCUGGAAAACUGAGGCUAAUAAAGCAGGAGGUCUAGCAUCCCUUUCUGAUGCACCGGCUCUAAAAAGUGGGUUAAGCUCCCUGACUGGUGCACCUUUACUAAAGGAGUCUGAUAAUUUGGAUAGAAACUCUGUUUUAAAAGACCUGCGGUUAGUGAAUGCAAAGCUGGGAUCACUAGAAUUAGGAAAUGGAGAUGAUGAUGAAUAUGCUGAUGACUUCAACAGUACGAGUCAUCGCUCAGAAAAAAGUGAUAUCAGUAUUGGCGAAGAAAUAGACGAAAUUUCUGUGGAAACAGAAGAGUCAAAUGCCAGUGAUAAACUCGAAAGCAUCACUCAAGACCUUACCAUUUCUCAGUUAAGCGACGUUGCAGAUUAUCUAGAAGAUGUGGCAUAGAAUUGGACAGCAAAAAUGUUUCGUUGUGCUGGAUUAGAAGACUGCUGUGGACUAUUAAUUUCAGACAAUCACCUUUUGCUGGAAUGUCCACUCCCUAUUUGUGCCUUGUGUUUCAAAAAUACUGUAGGUGAAGAAGGUUUUUAAAUACUCUGAACAAGAACUCAAUGAAAUAGUGUGUUCCCACUUGACUCUGAUAUCAGAAUUACUUUCUUCAUUUGAUUCAGCCAAACUUUUCACAGAAGGACGUGGAUUUUCCAAGCAGAACGUCCACUGCUGGCAGUGGACAUAAUAAAAACCAAUUGGUAAGAGAACAUCGAGAAAGAGGCAUGUGGCUUUAUAGUGAACUUGCACUGUUAUUUUAACAGUCAGAUUUUUUUUAAAGAUAACCAAAGCAAGAACCUUCAAAGGUAGUGGUUCAAUUUACACUUCUUUUAACACAACCUUGUCAAGUCAGCAUGUAGUCAAUAUUUAUGGUAACUCUAGCCACAAUACCUAAUUAUUCCAGACUUACUUGAAACUGCUUCUUUACAGACUCCUCUGAAAGUUGGACUUUACCUUUUUUAAAGGCAUAUUAAAUUGAGAGUAUCUAAACUCUUAAACCUAAAUUUAGCUAUAUUCAGGAGCUAAAUUUAGCACUAGUCUUAACCCAGAAUAUUCUUGUUUAAAUAUGUUUGUCAGACCAUUGAUGUUAAGACCUAAGCUGUUUUUAUAUAUGCUAAUUUCAUCAAUGUUAUCUGUUGUUAAAUCACAAAAAGUAAUUUUGUAAGGAUUCACAAAUCAGUAACUAAAUCUUAUGGGAUAAGUUUUUAACAGUGUGUAAUAUUUAGUGGAGCUUUUAUUUUUGAGGAUUCUUCAUGUGCUGUAAGAUUACUUUCAUUCUUGAAAAUAUUUUAAGUAAAAAUGAGCGCCAAAAAGUGAAACUACUAAACUUCUACUUUUCAGAUUCUGACUGCUGUACAAAGUUCAAUGCAAAUAUUUUAAAAUACCAUACUGAAGACAUUAUGGACACUAAGUUCUAGCUAAGAGCAAAUUCUUGUAUUUUCAUGAUGCUCUUGCAGAACAGGGUCAGUCGUGGCAGGGUUGACACUUCUUGAAUGAUACUGUUGCAAGUGGCACUGCUAUAAUGUGUAGGUCAUAGACAUUUGUAAUACUGAAACAAGACUUCAAAAUGUGCACUUUCUGAACAUUGUGAACACAUCUGGAAAAUAGACAUGUAAGUGAAUAUAAAUAAUUUUAUUUUUAAUGUCAUUUUCUUUUUUGAGAAUUUGUAAUUUUCUUUUUCAGGAACACUGUUGGCCUGUCAUCAGUAGUCACCACAGUGGAAGUAGCAUGCUAAACUAAAGCCAUUGGUUAAGUAUAUAAAGCUGCUACUAGCACUAGAAGCUGACUUAAAUGUUUUUUUGCACUGGGCCAGCAGGCCUGGAGCAGUGCUGGGAAGUUAGGCUUGUACAUUACAUAAAUGAUUUGAGAGGAGACAGCAAAAGUGUGCCUUUUAUUUAUGUGCACCCCAAAAAUAGCCAGCAAAAAAGCAUCAGAGUAUUUAGUCAUGGUGUUAACUUUUAACUUUGUGCCAUAUUGUAGCAGCUGAACACACAGGAGAAUUUUUUUCACCCCAGGAAGUCAAUGUGCCAUAACUUCAGAUAGGAACAAUGCUGUAAUAUAGCCUGUGUAAAAAAUUUAUUUAAGGGUAGGGGAACCUGUGCCUCAAGAUAAUGUAUAUGGAAAAGUUUGGAUUGGACUUUUUUUCCUUUCUUUUUUCCUUUCUUUUUUUCUUAAGAGAAUCAGCAUGUCUGAAGGAAAUAAAAUUUCACAUGAACAGUUGCUUUUGGCAUUCAUUUUUAAGGUGUAUGGAAUAAUGCAGAGGCGGUGUUGUUGGCUUUCUUACAUGCCUUGGGAAAACAUGGAUGUUCCAUUACCUGUUAGCUGUAGGAUAUGGGGCAAUUUGUCUUACCAAAAGAAACUAAAAGUUUAUUAAAAUACUUAUAAUUGCAUUUGAAGAUGUGGCCUUUUCAUUAACUAAUUUGAUGUUUUAAGUGUUAACAUGACUUGUGUUAACAGCCAAGUAUUGUUCUCUUAUCUUGGCAGUUAAUUGGAGACCUUUCACUUUGGCUCUAAUUGAAGGAAAUACCAAAAAGUGGUGUGUCUUCAUACUGUUCCUCCUGUGAACUUUUACUGAAUUGUGUACAAUAAUUCAAAUUGUAAAAUAAAGCUAUUGUGCUGGCUAAA